AGUUCACCAUGGCCAGUAAAACCAUUCAAAGCAACGUUAAUGCCUCUUUCCUCGAUCAGCAAACGGACUUUCGUUUUCUUAUAAAACAUGAACACCGACUUGCGACAGACACGUUACUUCUGCAAGAUUUAGAUGGCCAGCUUGCAAGGGUCGAGCGUGAACGCGCCAAUUUACAGCAACUUUUAUCUGAGCCACCUACAACCAACCCAAUAUUGAUGAAUGCCAGGAAAAUUCUUGUAUAUAUCGAUAUUCAAACAAGCCGUGUAAUUGAGGGCAAAGGUUUGAUAAGCGGAUAUGGCAUUUACUUUGCCGAUGAUAGAUAUCCACCACAGUUUGGCAACUUUGUUAAUCCUGUGCGAACGUCCCGAUACGGUACUUUGAUGGCGAUGGAGGUUGUGUUGAGAAUGUGCCCUUCAGAUCGAGAAAUUACCUUUGUCAUGGCAGGCAAGAACCUGGUGACGAUGCUCACGGGCCCAUCACAGUCCUGGAAAAAACGACCAGAUCUAGAACCUUUAUUUUCAAAAAUUAAGGACGUGCUGCGAUCAAGAUCCAAGGAUGUACAAGUGAUCAGCGCUAAACCUGACCAAACCUCUAGAUUUGCAAAGUACGCGGCUGAGCUUGCCAAAUCUGCUCGAACGAUUGGAGAACUGGAGCAUGGGAUCCGAUCUCGAGUGCCUGAUAUGCCUAAACUAGCAACCAGUGUCCAAAGAGAAUCGGAAGUACUUAUGCCUAUUCGAAAUUCACUGCCACUGCAACAACAGCAGCAACAACAACAACAACAGGCACCGCCACCACCACCACCACGACCCGCAAUGCCGAUACCACGGGCACGUGCCAGCAAUACAGAUUCUUGCCAACCAUGUGCAUCGCAUGCAGGUAGCAGUAGUGGAACAAAUUCUCUGAAUUGCGCCCACUCUGCUCGGCCGGCUCAUGCGUUUCACAGUAUGGUUGAAUCCUAUGCAUCAUCAAAGGCAGUGCUAAGCGAAGCAAGUGCUAAUAGCAGACCUUUGGGUUUGACGCAUUUGUCAGCUACAUCGUUGUCGGCAUUGCCGUCCACCAACAACAAAAAGCACCGGACUACUACUCUUGCUACUAUGGCUGAAGUAAACUUUAUCGAAAGUCGCUUUCAAGCUACUCGGGGACAGCAACGGCAGAAGCGCAAAUUGGAUGUGGUUGAUCGGUAUGAAAAUGGCAUGGCUGAUGGUGGUAGGUCCAGCAAGGCUAGAAAGGUGAAAAAAGUACGGUUUCUACUGGAUGACCACAGCAACGUGGAUGGUGAUGAUGAUAGUGGUGAUGAAGCGUUUGAGGAUGCUCAGGAAACAGUUUCUUCGAGUACCGACAGCAUCCCAAACCGUACAAGUGUGUCAAGUCGAAUCAUUAGCUCUGUCACAAAAUUUUUCCAAAAGCUGUCAACCUAAAGGAAAACAACUUUAUGCACUUGUCUAAUCCAUCGAUUCCUCUAUUCUAUAUUCUCCUAGUAUAGUGUACUUCUGUCUAUUUGUAACUAGUAUUGUAAAAUUCAUUAAAAAAACAAAAAUUCGUCAGUGGCCAAGUUUCAAAAUGCU